AUGGUUGUUGUCGCUUGUUUUUACUACUAUGCAAUUGAUAUGAUACUUUGUGGUGGAGGAGGCGGUAUUAAUGGUGGUGGUGGAGGUAGUGGUAAAGGUAGAGGUGGUGGUGGUGACGGUAGUGGUGACAUUAGUAGAUGUGGAGAAGGCUGUGAUAGCAGAGUAGGAAGAGGUAGUGGUGCUAGCGAAUAUGAUGGUGUUGGUGGCGGCGAAGGUAGUGGUGUUGGUGGUGAUGGUGAUGGUAGAGAUGGAGAUGGUGACGGUAGUAGAGGCGGAGGAGGUAGUGGUGAUGAUGUGGUAGUUGUUGUGGUGGCAGGAGAGGAAGUGAUAGUGGAAGAGGUGGAUGUAGAGUUAAUCGUGAUGGUAGCAAAGGUGGUGGUGGUGGUGGCGGUGACGGUGAAGGACCUAGUGGUGGUGUGA